GUGAGGCGCAUUGCGUGCGCGUGCGCACUGCGCACACCCGGACGGCUCUGUGCGCAGCAAUGGCUGCCCGCGAGUCUCGGAGAGGCGGUGCUCUAGGUCUUUUUCAGGACGGGCUCUCCUGAUGCCGCUGGUGGUUCUUCGAGGCCUCCUUCCACGCAUUCGCCGCCGCUGCCUCAUCAGAACUUCAUUUCGGUGACGCAGAACUUUGGAGAGAGCUACGGCAACAGCAAGAGCUGCCGGCGGCGCCUGUGCUGCAGGGCCCCGGUCCCUCUUGGAGCGGAAACCUCUGGACCUGGUGCUCCUAAGAAGGCAAGCGGCCCCUGACGCUUACUGUGGCCUGGUGUGACCCUCGUAGCCAGCCCCUGUUCUGUGAGGCAUGAAGCUCCACGCAGACGCCACGAUAAACCCGCAGCGCCCCGGACCCCGGCUUCCAGGAGCGCUUCUUCCAGCAGCGUCUGGACCACUUCAACUUCGAGCGCUUCGGCAACCAGACCUUCCCCCAGCGCUUCCUGGUGUCAGGUUCUGGAUCCGGGGCGAGGGGCCCAUCUUCUUCUACACCGGGAACGAGGGCGACGUGUGGGCCUUCGCCAACAACUCGGGCUUCAUCGCGGAGCUGGCGGCCGAGCAGGGGGCUCUACUGGUCUUCGCGGAGCACCGCUACUACGGGAAGUCGCUGCCAUUCGGUGAGCGGUCCACGCAGCGCGGGCACACGGAGCUGCUGACGGUGGAGCAGGCCCUGGCCGACUUUGCAGAGCUGCUCCGCGCGCUACGGCGCGACCUCGGGGCCCAGGACGCCCCCGCCAUCGCCUUCGGUGGAAGUUAUGGGGGGAUGCUCAGCGCCUACCUGAGGAUGAAGUACCCGCACCUGGUGGCGGGGGCACUGGCAGCCAGCGCGCCCGUUCUAGCUGUGGCAGGCCUCGGCGACUCCAACCAGUUCUUCCGGGACGUCACGGCGGACUUUGAGGGCCAGAGUCCCAAGUGCACCCAGGGUGUGCGGGAAGCGUUCGGACAGAUCAAGGACUUGUUCCUACAGGGAGCCUACGACAGGGUCCGCUGGGAGUUUGGUACCUGCCAGCCGCUGUCAGACGAGAAGGACCUGACCCAGCUCUUCAUGUUCGCCCGGAAUGCCUUCACCGUGCUGGCCAUGAUGGACUACCCCUACCCCACCGACUUCCUGGGUCCCCUCCCCGCCAACCCGGUCAAGGUGGGCUGUGACCGGCUGCUGAGUGAGACCCAGAGGAUCAUGGGGCUGCGAGCGCUGACAGGGCUGGUCUACAACGCCUCGGGCUCCGAGCACUGCUACGACAUCUACCGGCUCUACCGCAGCUGUGCUGACCCCACUGGCUGCGGCACUGGCCCCGAUGCCAGGGCCUGGGACUACCAGGCCUGCACCGAGAUCAACCUGACCUUCGCCAGCAACAAUGUGACCGAUAUGUUCCCCGACCUGCCCUUCACGGAUGAGCGCCGCCAGCAGUACUGCCUGGACACCUGGGGCGUGUGGCCCCGGCCCGACUGGCUGCUGACCAGCUUCUGGGGGGGCGAUCUCAGAGCCGCCAGCAACAUCAUCUUCUCCAACGGGAACCUGGACCCCUGGGCAGGGGGCGGGAUUCGGAGGAACCUGAGCGCAUCAGUCAUCGCCAUCACCAUCCAGGGGGGCGCACACCACCUCGACCUCAGAGCCUCCCACCCCGAAGAUCCUGUUUCUGUGGUUGAGGCACGAAAGCUGGAGGCCACCGUCAUCGGCGAGUGGGUAAAGGCAGCCAGGCGUGAGCAGCAGCCAGCUCUGCGUGGGGCGUCUGGACUCAGCCUCUGAGCACAGGACUGGAAGGGUCUCCAGGCUCCUCAUGGAGUGAAUGGAGGGAGGAGGAGGCUGCCCCAGCCCUGCCCUGUGUUUGCACCUUCUGGGUCCCCGAAGCUCAGCCCACCGUGGCCGGCCCAGCGUGUGGGCUUCACUCAAGAAGCAGCUGGCGGCACAGGGAAGGAGCUGAAUAAAUGCCUGGAGGCCUGGC